UAUUUCUGGAAACUGUCUAAAAAUCGACAACAGAUGGCGCACUGCACUUUUGACCGCGAAAAGUGCAUGAGUGGCACGCGCACCAUUGGUCUUUUCUGGUCCGAUCCGAUCCGCGGGCUGUAGUUGUGAACAUCUUGUAGGAUCGUGAAUUGGUUUUCGUAGCCAACCAAUAUGGCCGACAAGUUUCUGCAGAUGCAGCAGCAGCUGCGCCAUGACAACGAAGAUCUGCAGAGUUACCUGCGGGACCUCAAGAACUGGGAGGCCGACAUCAAGCAGAAAGACGAGGCGCUGAGGCAAACGAAAGACACCCAAGAUGCAGUUCUGCCACCGAUCAGAAACCAGGGUAAACGGAAACCCAAGCAAGCCAGAAAGAAGAAGCCUAAACCCGCAACGAAGCCAUCCCAAUCCGAAGCUGGAGACCAGAACAGAGCUGGUACCCGGCACUCUCGGAUCCGGGCCUAUGACUACAGGUCCUGGGACAAAUUUGACGUGGACAAGGCUUGCGCGGAGGUAGACAGCGAUGAAGAGGAUGAAGUCCCGGCUACUCAAGGAGAGAAUGGGGAGGAGAUGGAGACAGACACGGACAGCGAGGAGGAGAGAGAACUGGAGAGACAGAGGAGGAUACAGGAAGCCAAUAUGGAGAAGGAUAAGGGUAAUGCAUUAUUCAAGCAAGGCAAAUAUGAGCCUGCCGUAGUGUGUUACACAGCGGGCAUGGAAGCGGACCCAACCAACGCGAUACUGCCAGCCAACAGAGCUAUGGCCAAUCUUAAGUUGGAAAGAUUUGAAGAUGCUGAGAGAGACUGUGAUAAGUCUAUAUCACUGGACUGUACAUACAUCAAGGCAUAUGCAAGACGGGCAGCUGCGAGAUUUGGACUGGGAAAGUUAGAAGAUGCCAAAAAAGAUUACCAACAGGUUCUCAACCUGGAGCCCAGCAACAAGCAGGCCUCCUCCGAGAUCAAGAGAAUAGACAGGAUAGUGAAGGACAAGGAAGAGACAGAGAGGCAGAAACUAGACGGCGUGUACAAUAUUAUACAAGCGGUCCAGAAGCCAGUCCAUCUGAGGUCAAAUAAACCCCUGAAAAGGAUGGUGAUCGAGGAGAUAGGAACAGGGAGUGGUGGGGAGGAUGAUGACGCUACCCAGACAACACACCCGCAUAAACCCCAGCACACAACCCCUAGUGGCCGGUCAGAGGUAUCCAGCCCAGCCGAGCAAAGAAUAACUGGCGACUGCCAUGAGGAAGACGGAACAAAAAGUUCAGAAACACCAACCCCAGUGCCAUCAGAAGUCAGGGUACCAGAUGCGACCCAAACUGAAUUACCACCCACUGUUAGUCAGGUGCCAUCCAAGCCAACUCCUCCUGUAGACAUCCCCGGUAUUCCGUCCUCAUCCUACCAGCUGCAGUCUGACUGGAAACAGCUACAGAAAUUUUCUGAGCAGCUCUUUCAAUAUUUUAAGAAUAUACCACCUCAGUCCUAUAAGCAGUUAUUACAAGACUCGUUGGACGCAGCACUGCUAAUGAGAAUACUUAAUCUUCUAAAGGAGCAGUAUGUAAUACACAGUGAACCAGUCUACGAAACGCUUGCUGGCCUCAGCCAGGUGAAAAGAUUUGAAAUGAACGUCAUGUUCAUGUCCUCUAAGGAUAAACAAGUUGUCCAAGAGCUGUUCAGCUACAUGGAGAGGUCUGGCAAUGUCGGGGAGCAAGAGUUGACCCAACUGAGAAAAAAGUACCAAUUAUGACAGGAUGCAGGUUUCCGAUGCUUGGAAGUGCCCUGUAGAUUUGGGCAGCAAAAGUUCCCCAACUGCGGAUGAAGUGCCAAUUAACAGACACUAGGUCGCAUCUGAAGUGACCGUUUCAAGGCAACGGUUUUGGUUUUGACACGGGCAUGCCACAGUGAAUAUCUGUAACUUUUUACAAACAAGAGUUUGCCCAACUGUGCAAGAAGUACCAAUUAUGAACAGACGCGCCCCAGGUAUCAGCUAGGUCAUAUUCAAACAGGCAUUUUAGUGACAACGUUGGUUGUUCUCAUAGACAAACGUUGGCUAUCUUUGGCUGUAGAAAAAAAGUCAUUUUGUUACAAGAGCCGGCCAAUCUGAGGGAUAAUUCCCAAAUGUGAAUCGACCCGAGUCAAUGAGAUUUUGUGAUACCCUGUGAGUUCUCAUUAAAAAAACACUACUUAGAAUCUCACCAUAACCAUCACAAUCUCACAUUUUCCUUGUACCGUGUUGUGAUGAAGAGACAAGAGUGCAGCAAAGUGGAUAGUGUUUGGGACUCGUCAUCAGAGGGUCAGGGAUUCAAAUCCUGCUGCUGGACAUAUGUGUUGUGUCCUUGGGCAGGCCACUUUACCCCAUUUGCCUCUCUCUCCACCAAAGAAGUAAAAUCGAGUAAGGAAGAAUAGAAAUGUUCUCAGUCUUUCCAUGCCAAAGAAACCAGAGAUAAAAACUGGACCGAUGAGUCAUCCUGCUUGCAACAGACUUCUUGCUGUAAUUUUGAUGAGAAGGAAGCCUAUCUCUGCAGUGCUCCAUCGUUGGCUUGAAAAAGGUCUUAAUUUUUGGGGGGGGUAGCUAAAGGUUUGAAAGGAUGUUUGUAGAAUUUCGGACCCGUCAAUAAACGGAAAAUAAUGUCCAGAUUUUGUCACAACAAAAGACAUUUCAUAUAUUUUUGUAACUUUAAUUGUGGCAUGGUGUCUGUGCAAAUGUGUCCACCCUGUGUUUUUCAACGGAGCUAAUGUUAUAAUAAAACUUAAAAGGGAAAAAAGGAA